AUGAAAACUCUCCGACGGAUCGUUUCUGGUUUCGUCCAUUUAUCUGUUUAUCAGAUGAGUGGAAUAUUUGAACCUGUAGCACUCUUACGGUGCCUAGCAGCCAUGCCACUCACGGAAAGCACGAGUACUAGGAUAUUGCCAGGUUGCGCCAGCCUAGACAGGAGGCACCAAGAGGCAGACGAUGGGUUCGAAUCAAGAGCCUUCCGGUCAAUAAAUUCGCGCUCUAACCACUGA